AUGUGCAAUAAUGUGAUUAUUUUAUUAUUAUUAUUAUUAUUAUUAUUAUUAACAGAAUCCGGUGCAACUUUUCGACUUUUCUCAUCCGAUGCCGGAACAUACAAAGAAGCGCGUCCGUUUUUUAUUUCGCCGAAAAGUCUCAUUAAUGAUUAUUUUGAUGGAAAUUUGGCACCUGUUUUUCAAACAAUUAACUCUCAUACAUUUGUUUUUGUUAUGUACUAUGCACAUUUCUGUGGUAUCAGUCGACGAAUGCGUGAUCCCUACGAAAACGCAGCUGCCUUCUAUCGUGAACGUACUCAAAAUGGCAAUAAUACAGUAGACAAAUUUCAUGUUAAAUUUAUAGCAGUUAAUUGUUUUUAUCAUACUGGUCAAUGCCGAAAAUCUUAUAAACUAGAUUAUUAUCCUCAGAUGUAUUUAUAUAUAAAAGGCACAAGAGGCUAUCAAUAUUUUGGACCAUCCAUAACAUUGAAUAUUAUUGAAUUUAUUGAAAAAAUUCGUAUGCCAAUAAUAAGACUUACAAAAGUGAAUGAUUUUUUAGAUUUUAUUGUUCAACAUGAAUCCCAUGUUUUAGCUCAUUUUGAUUUUUCUAACAAUGUACAAAGACAACAUUAUUCACUUUUUGUUCAAGCAGCUCUUAAACAUAUGGAAUAUGACAAUGAACAUCCCGUUCGUUUCGCUUUAAUUCUCAAUGAAUCAAUUAUUGAAGAAUUCUCAAAAUUAUCUAAUAGCACUUUUCCGAAGCCAUUUGUUAUUCUAAAUCAAUUCAAUUCACCACCACAGGUGUUCCCACAUAUAACAUAUAAUUUUACAACGGAAAAUCUGUUUCAAUGGGUUGCCAAUGAAUAUAAAAAACCCUAUGUCAGUUGGAUUGUUCCGAAAAAUCGUUACUAUUCUCGUAGUCCCUCCAUUGAUAAAGCAACUGUCUUCGAUGCAUUGACGGAUCAUGAUAAUCUACUUAUUUUUUUUACUUCUAACAAACUAGAUGAAUUAAAGUUGCGUCAAAUUUAUAUUUAUCUUUCCAAUUGUAAUAUAACUCAUUCGUCUCUUUGGCAAACACAAAUCGAUAAAUUAUAUAAUCAAUCAUCCAUCAAUCUAAAAGAAAAUCUAACGAAAACACAUUAUAAUCUUCUCUCAUCGUGUUGUCAAUAUCUUCUCAAUCAGAUAUCUCCAAUGGAUGUAUAUAAUUUAUGUUUAUUAGAUCAAGAGUUACCAUCGUUGAAUAUGUCUGAUACAAAAACUAAGAUAUGUUUUGGGACAUUGAAAAAUCACCAAUUGAAAACAAUUUGCUAUCGUGAAUAUUGUCAUCAAUGGUUAAAAACAUACCCAUCGAUAUAUCAGAAAAAGUUACAUGAAAACCAUGAUAUUACGUUAGAAAAACGAAGAGAUAAAUUUCAUGAUCAAUCAAUUGACGUACAAAAUCAAUUCAUUCUUGGCAGUAACAAAUCCAUGGAAAACUUUCAAGGAUUAUUGUGUCGAGAUAAUUCAACAUGGGCAUUUCGAUUAAUUGACUCAAGAUAUUAUCCUAAUUUUGGACAGAAUAUUGGCAUUGUGAAUAAUUCAAGAGCUAUUAUAGUAUUGCAAACGAAGAAUGAACAACAUUACAUCUUGAAUAAUACUCAAAUAACAACAGAAAAUAUCUAUAAUUUCAUUUAUGACAUAUCACAUAAUUUACGAUCUCGCUCACUAUCGACGACUCCAAUUAGAGAAGCAAAUCCAGAACAUUCCAAUAGGCUCAUUGAACUUACUACUGAUACUUUUCAAUCGAUUGUUUUGAAUCCAGAUAAACACGUACUCGUUGUUUAUUAUACUAAAUGGUGUGGAUUUUGUCAGUCGAUUUGGCCGGUGUUAUUUCAAACAAAAAAAUUCUUUCGUACAUUCACCGAUCUUACUUUUGCUAGAAUUCAAGCAGAUAAACACGAUCUUCCGUGGCAUUUGACUGUCUACAAUUAUCCAGCAAUAAUAUUAUUCCCUGCAGAGAAUAAAAAUUAUUCAAUCGUUUUCCCAACAUCCACAGAACCAAUCGCUAGUGUUAGCUUAAUAAAAUUUCUUCUCUAUCAUCUUUACAUUGAUGAAAAUAUCAAUGAACAAUGGUGCAGGCCAACAAAUAAUAGUUUUUUAUCAAUGUUAUCAUCAAAUUAUAUUGACUUUCCUCAAUUAUCUUAUUUAGUGAAAUCAUUUUCUUGA